UUGAAGUCAUGGAAUGUACUGUGUAGAACAGCAGAGACCAGAUGUAAGUGGACAGAACCUGCUGCUUAGUCUUACCUCUGGAUAUCUUGUUUACAAAACAUCCCAGCAAGCCAUGAUUUUUUUGAGCCCAGGUUUGAUGUGUCUGAGGUUUAUGGACAGCUGAAUGUCCUGGUGAUUGCCAUGCAGUGCAGCAAGGGCUGGGCAGUGUUGGAUGGCAUCUGCAGGUUCCUAGGAAUCUCUACAGCUGCAGUGUUAACUGGCGUCGGAAUCGAGACUCUUCAACAGGCACAGUUUCCCAGUCUGGGCUAUUAUUUAUUAUUUUGUUCAGGCAUACUGUUUGUCUGCGAGGGAUCCUUUUUCUUACACAUAUUCCUCACAUCAUGCUUCAGAUGCCAGGCAGAGCCUCGUCUCUAUGUAUGCUUAGGCAAAACAGGACGCAUGGGAGGAUUUCAAAAAUUUGUGGGAUAUGGCCUGCUAUCAGUGGCUUGCUUUUUGCACCCUGUUUUGGUUUGGCAUGUUACUAUUCCUGGCACCAUGCUUAUUGUAACAGGUAUGGCCUAUCUCCUUCUAAGCAAAAGGAAGAAGUUUGACAAGGAAUUCAUAACUCAGGCAGAAUGUUAUUCUGACCCAUCCAGAACAGCCAUUGAAAUGACCAGAGCUGGGGAUACAGAACAAACCUAUACAUUUAAUAGCAACCUGAAAGCAAAAAAAGACUCUCUUCUUACACAAAUGAGAAGUAUACUGACAGUUAAACGGAACCAUCAGUGUCCCCAAAAAGUAGACUCUGACAAAGGCCACUUACACAAUCCUACUGAUAUCACUAAAAAGAAACAAGUGCAUUUUGAAGAAAAUGUGAUCAAUAUUAUCCCUGCUGAGAAUGGGAUGGUGGAGGAUCAAGAAAGUGAGCAAGAGGAGACUGUAUCAGACACAGCUCCUAUUAUACCAACAGAGCCUAAACAGCUUCUUAACAAUUUGCCUGUAACUACAGGCCUCUUCUAAUGGCAUGAUAUGUGUUGAUAAUAUAUACAGUGGCUGCAAUGCCAAACCGCAAUAUAAAAUGAACAAAUAUUCAGCCCAGAUAUUCCCUGUAUAUUUUGAAGAACAGCAUUUUGUGUUACAUUCCAGUGUCUUUGUGAGAUAUUGUUUUUGUUAUUUUCUUAUAUUGCAGGAUACAAUACUUAUUCUUAAUGUAUGUCUAUUUAAUUAUGUUUAUCUCUUCGUGAUCCAACAGUAACAGAAUUUCUCAGAACCUUUAGCAUAGCAUUUUGAUCACCACAGUCUUAUCAUGGAGAACCACUACAACCAAAUUGCUCUUCUUUGCUAGCAUCCACCUACUUUUUAGUUGAAUGGAAUAUGCAUUGUUAAUGUUAAACUCUGGGGCUCAUUUAUAAACACUAGUCAAAUUUGCACCUAGGCAAUAACACAUGGCAACAAAUCAGAUCUUUGCUUUCAUUGUAUAACAUGAAGCUGACUAAAAAAAAAAAUCACUGAUUGGUUGCUAUGGGUUACUGCCUGUGUGCAAAUUUGCCGAGUGUUUAAAAAUGAGCCCCAUUACAUCAACAUUUUAAAGAAGGGGACAAGAGAAAAUCUUACGUUGAUUUUACUGCUGAUUUCAGAACUGAAUAAAAUGCCUUAUAACAAACACUGAAUGAUGCAAAGGUGUAAUUAGAUGGAAACAAUUGAAUACAAAAUUUUGUGCUCCUAUAUUCUUUCUAUUUUAGAAGAAAAAAAUGCAAAAUAAAAGAUGAACAUUUUUUUUCAAUA